UUUAACCUUGGAGAAGCUUGGCGAAACAUGCUAUUAACAUACUCAUUUUUCUUUUGAAAUAAGAUAUAUUCAUUGUCCUCCAAAACCAUUUGAAUUAAAAAAGUUCAUGAAUUCUUUCAAGUAAAUGGUAUCUAGUUCUUCAAAUUGUAUCAUUCUUUUCGGAAGGCAAGAUGUGAUUCACACACUGUUAAUAUUAUAAAUCGCAUCAAUACCUGUAACACGUUACCGCUGCCCACAUUGAAGAAACUGCCACUCUCUCAUAUUCUUCAGACUCCACUUGUACGUAAUAAAUAAACGCCGUUGGAAGCGGUCUAUCCAUUUUUGAGCGCUUUAUAUUACCCUCAUUUUCCUCUUCUUCACGUCACGUCCCUUCUUUCAACUCCUGCAACACACACACACAAACUCUCUCUCUAAAUGAGGCCCUCUGGUGCGAAAAACAACUUCCUGCAACCUGGGCUUGUUACCAAUCUUCAGGAAGUCCUUUCUAGCAGAAAGGGUGGUGCCCAAAAUCAGCCCAACAAUGAAGAUUCCACUGAAUCCACUUCCUCCAGCUCGGUUGGGGAGGUUGACAAUACAAAACCUGUGGUUUUGGUUACAAAUGGUGAUGGGAUAGAAUCCCCUGGCCUUACCUAUCUUGUUGAUGCUCUCGUUCGUCAAGGCCUCUGUAAUGUUCAUGUCUGCGCUCCUCAAUCAGAUAAAUCAACGGCAGGCCACUCUUUUACUCUGAAGGAAACCAUUGCGGUUACUUCGGCUGAGAUUCAUGGUGCUAUUGCUUAUGAAGUUUCUGGGACUCCCGUAGAUUGUGUGUCAUUAGCCUUGUCUGGGGCACUAUUUUCCUGGUCCAAGCCUAUGCUGGUGAUAAGUGGAAUCAACAAGGGAUCAAGUUGUGGCCAUCAUAUGUUUUACUCAGGUGUUGUAGCUGGUGCAAGGGAGUCAUUGUUUAGUGGUGUCCCAUCUUUAUCGAUAUCACUUGACUGGAAGAAUGAUGAAAGUCAAGAAAGUGAUUUCAAGGAUGCUGUAAGUGCUUGUUUACCGUUGAUAAAUGCAGCCAUUAGAGAUAUAGAGAAGGGAGCUUUUCUCAAAUGUUGCUUGCUGCAUGUGGAAGUUCCAAAAUCUCCUCUGACAAACAAGGGGUUUAAAUUGACCAAGCAAAGUCACUGGAGCCCUAAGCUUUGCUGGCAAGCUACUUCAGCAAACAGGAAUCCAGCUGCCGGACGUUUUCUUCCCAAUCAGCAAAGCCUUGGAAUACAGCUCGCGCAACUAGGCCGAGAUGCUUCUGCAGCAGGUGCCGCCCGUCGGUUAGCCACUCAGAAAAAGAAUAUAGAGGAGGUUCAAUCUGUUGGUGUAGCAGGGAAAUCUGAUCCCAACCGGAAAAUCAAGUAUUUCAGAUUGGAGUUACUUGAAAAGAAGCGGGAAGAAGAGGACGAAGAUUUAGAUUAUAGAGCUCUUGAAAAUGGCUUUAUAGCGGUCACUCCAAUCUCUCUUGUGAUGCAUGUGGAAGCAGAUGUUCAUGCAGCUGCUUCAGAGUGGAUUUCUACUGCAUUAGAUGUUAAACAAUGAAAUUCAUCCAGUCACUUGAUCUGUUUUUGUACAUUUCUGGACGAAUUUGUUCUAAGUCAUCUUUGCAAAAUCCACUUGGAGUCAUAUUGGUGAUGCCUUCAUUACUUGUUUUGUCUAUUGCCUCAUCCUUUUGAAGCCAAUGGUGAGACAAAAGGAAGCCCAGGAUCGAUUAUUCCCUUAGGCCUAAUCUCACUCCUUCAACUAAGAAAUUCAAAUCUGCACUUGAAGCAGGAGUCUAGCUAAGGCUAGUGUGCUAGGAUUCAAAUGUCUUGUUCUAUUCAAAGGCUCGAGCGUGGAGCUAGCUCUAUUAAUCGAUAAGCUGCGGUUGCUUACCCACGGAUUUUGUAGUGAAGAUAAUCCAUCAGCUUUUGAUUCAGAAGUGCCAAUGUUUUUUGCUUGGUAUUACGAGGUUGUGUUGUAGGCUGUUUUACUGACAAAGUUUGGUUAGGCAGGAUGUUUAGGUUAUUCUUUUCUACCUUGAAAACAGGAACAGUCCAGAUGAGAUCUAGUGGAAUGCUUUUUAUUAUCUGACUAGAUGUUCUAAUUA